CGUCAAAGCACCUUCGUGGGGGGUUACGUGGCAGUUUUCCCCUGGAACGAAGAGAAACUCUCUCGCUCUCUCUCUCGCAUAGAAUCGAAGAUCCAGUUAUGGGGCAAUCGUCAUCGGCAGAGCAAGCGUCGUCGCCGGAGCAACGGGAGGUCGAAGCCUUAGCGGCAUCGACAGGAGCUCUGCCCGUGCUUCAGAAAGCUUUCUCUGCAAUCGCCGAUCCCCAAACUAAGGCUAUUCCCCUCGGUUCUCUCAAGCGAUGUUUUGAAUUGACCUAUGAAAUCCCCACAUGUGAAACAAUCAAAAUGCCAAAAGAGUUUCCAACGUUGUUGAAUCAUCUGGGACAUUCUCUUGUUGACCUAUUUUUCAUUGCUGAAAAAGGAGGACUUUGUUGGAUUGAGUUCUUGAGGGGUUAUACCAGGUGCUGUGGGAGGACAGCUGCUUCAACUUCAUUCAAUAACUUAUCCAGAUUGUAUGAAGCUACAGUUGUGAAGGCAGGUCUCCCUGCAAAAUUGCGGUUUGAAACUGAUGACGAUGAUUGCAAGAUGAGUGGAUCCUUAUGUCCCUCUGAUGUGCUGAUGCUUCUCUCAAUGUGUUGGGUUAUGUCAUGGGAUUCUCAAAAUCUGAGGUCUUCUGAAGGAAAAGGAAAUUAUUGUCUUCCAGAUAUAAAUCAUUUAGUCCAAUCAGCUGUUUUGUCAUGCACCGAUCAUGAUGGUGACUUAGAUGUAUGGAAUGGUGACAUAUCAGGCUUGGAUAUAGAACUUCCAUCCAGAAAAUUUCAUAUGUGGGCCUUGAAGACAGUGCCAAACCUUACUGAUUGCUUAUUGCAAUUCAUUCAUGCUAGACUCCGUGAUUUCGUAGCUCAUGAGGACAAACUGGAGUCACCAUGCUCAUCUUUGAAUGAUGUUUCUUCAACAACGGUGUGUAACACCAAUCUUCUGACUCCCGGAAGGGCCUGGGCCCUUUCCCUUACUCUUAAAGGUUCUAUGAAGGAGGAGAUUUUAAAGGCAUGUUUCCCCAGUGAUACUGAUGCAACAAAUGAAAACAUACUUUAUCGGUCAUCACUUCAUGGGAGGGGUCUAAACAGAUUCUGGUCGAAUGUUGAUGGUUAUACUGGUCCGAUUCUAAUGCUAAUUGGUGCUACUUCUGGAAAUUCUAAUCCAGAUGAUAAGGAUACCCGGAAAUGGAUUAUUGCUGCACUCACUCAUCAGGGUUUUGAAAAUAAGGAUGUGUUCUACGGAACCUCUGGCAGCCUAUAUGCUAUAAGUCCAGUCUUUCAUGUGUUCGCCUCUUUGGGGAAGGAGAAAAACUUUGUCUAUAGCCACUUACAUCCAACUGGUCGAUUAUAUGACCCUCACCCAAAGCCCAUUGGAAUUGCUUUUGGAGGAUCUAUUGGGAAUGAGAGAAUAUUUAUGGAUGAGGAUUUUGCUAGAGUGACCGUUCGUCAUCAUGUGGUUGAUAAAACUUACCAUCCUGGUUCCAUUUUCCCCAGUCAGGGGUACUUACCAUUUGAAGCUCGAGUUUUAGAGGUGGAAGUAUGGGGAUUGGGAGGGAAAACAGCCAUGGAAAUUCAAACUUCUUAUAAGAAGAGAGAAGAACUAUUCACUGAGCAAAGACGAAAGGUUGACAUGAAAACAUUUGCCAGUUGGGAGGACUCACCUGAGAAGAUGAUGAUGGACAUGAUUUCUGAUCCCAAUGCUGUUCGGAGGGAGGAUCGAUAAUCUUCGAGAAGAUACUGUAUAUAGACCAGAAUAUAUAAGUUUGUUCAGGUUAACUGCUAGGUAAUAGGUCAAUGAGACCAAUCGUUCUUUAUACGACUUUGCCAUGGCUGUAUAGCACUUCCUGUGGUAAGCGUAUAUUUUCUUUUCUCAUUGCGAGAAACGAGGGCAUGAUGUAAAGUAGCAGACGGGCAGGAAUGUUUGUGUGGAAUAUGCACCUCAGGGUAUGAGGAUGGUAAUAGGGACAACGAGUAUCGGUGUUAUGAUGUAGCAGGGCUAGUUAUUACGUCCAACAACUAAGAAAGAACCUUAAGCAUGUUUCGUGUGGGGUGGGGUGCUUGUGAUAAGCAUCGAAAGAAAGAUGAGUUGGUUGAGUUGAUUUCAUCUUCUUUCUCCCACCCGAGCCUGCAGUUGGUAGGUCAAAUUUCCCUAUACCCAUGCCAAGUGAUUGAGUUGAAUGGAGCCCGGUUUGGAAUGAGACCUGAGGAGUGGAGUCAUUCCCUUUACCCCAAAAUCUAAUGGAAAAAAAAAGGGUGGGAUCUUUUUCCAUAAUAAGGUAUGGCAGUUACCCAAAGUUCGUAAUAAACACUAUGUUGAAGAGAGCUAUCAAAAUCGACAGUUUCCGUAGUGCAAGCUUGUAUACGAUGCGAUACACUGGGACGGAACUAUAUGGAGACCAAAGGGGCUGUCGAAAAUUUUCUAUAUUUUUAAAAAUGUUUGUAUCUAGUAAACAUUUUAGUAUAUUCAAUGAUUUUAAUGACCCAACCUUGAUA